AUGAAGUCAACAACAUUACACCCUGUUGCAAUGUCGGAUACAUCCUUAUCAAAUGAGAUUAAGUUUAUAUGUCCUGGGUGUAAGUUGCCAACAAAUCCAUGUUCCAUCAUGGCUGAUAUGCAUAAAUAUCGUAAUGAAGAUUGUCAGUGUCGGGUGAAUCCAAAUAUGCAAGGCAAUAUAAGUAUGUGCAAUAUGCAUCAUGACAGUCAUUUGGAUAGAGAACAAUGUUAUAUAACCCAAUCUAAUGUUAUAGGACACCGUCAAACUUCACUAGAUUUGUAUGCUGUGAAAAUGACGCCAUCAACACCGAAUCAUUCCUCAUGUGUAUUUGGUGUCUGUCCGAUGGAAAUCCAAAAUGAGUUGAAUAAAGCCUACAUGCCAUUAAGUACGCAUACAGUCAACAGCACCAACUCCAGAAAUACAGUCAAUGACUAUAUGCCAACAGUAACUUCAUCCAUUAAUAGUAUUCAUUACGAUUAUCAUACAUCGCCCCCAAUAGAUCCAAAAUUUCGAUCCGAGUUGACUCACAGCAUUGUGCCAAAUAUUUUUGCCAAUAAUAGUGAAUGUAAUCUGAACUCUGUCAACGCCCCACCAUCAGUAAACAGUAGUUCAACAGGGCGUGGGUGUGAUGGAGGCAGUGGAAUGAGUGAUCGUAGUGAGGAAAUAGCUCCAAAAUUAAAUCCAUAUACGGGAUUUGCAAAAAUAGAAAGAAAAAAUGAUUAUGACAACGUGAAUGACCGUCGAAUGUAUAUAAAUGAAAAUAAUUCAACUAUUCAACGUUGUGAAUCAGCUUGUAAAGAAUCAGUUGAAAGUCUCAGCGUUCCCCUUAUUGACCCACCUCAAAGUUUUCGUACACCAACGAAUAAAUUUCAGUCAACUGAUGACGAGUCCACUCCAAGCAAACUGUCAUCAACUCAAACGAAUAAACCACCAGAUGUUAUUUUAAAAAGUGUCAACUAUCAUGAGGAUGACUUAGAGCAACCUCCGCCAAAAAUGCCACCACUUCGUGGAAUAUUAACUAAUAGAUCAGUUGUUACUGAAAAGAAUACAGCAUUCUAA